UCAAUCAUUAAUUAAGUAACGAAAUUUCAGAACGAGAUCUAAGAUCUCUCUCUCCUCCGUUCUCGUCUCAUGUAUUUUUGAUUUUAUUUUUUAUUUUUGGUUUUUAGUUUUGCCGGGAGAAAGAAAAAAAAGAAGAAAGAGAGACAAAUUUUGAAACAUUUUCACAAUUUCAUCUUAAGCGCGCUUCAACUAAAUUUUCAUUUUCGCGAUUCCCCCCUUUUUUUAUUUCUCUUUCUAUAUCCCAAUUCCAAAUCUCAUCUUUCCUAUUCUUCUUCUAAUUCUAGGGUUUCUCUUCCGCUAGGGUUUUCAAUAUUUUCUCUCUUUUUCCCUUUUCUUCAUCCAUGGCUACCGAAGCCCUAGAUGAUAACAAACCAAAACAAGUCGAAAACGAAGCCAAAGAUGAACCCAAACCUAAAGAAGAAGUUGAAGUAACUGAACAAGAUGCGGAAGUCGCUGAAUCUGACGAGAAGAAAGAGAUCGAUGGACAUGAAGAUUCCGACAAAGAUGAUGAAGAUGAAGGUGGAGACGAAGACGAUGCUGAUGAUGAUGAGGAGGAAGAUGCUGGUGAGGAGAAGAAGGGUGUGAAGAAAGAGUCGUCGGAGAAGAAGAGUCCGGUUACUCCGACGAGUGAUAGGCCAACUAGGGAAAGGAAAACGGUGGAGCGGUACUCUGAACCUUCACCUUCGAAGUUUGGAAGGUCUUCUUCCAGUAAAGGACUGAUAAUUGAAAAGGGACGUGGUACUCAGCUUAAGGAUAUUCCUAAUGUGGCUUUCAAGUUGUCAAAGAGAAAACCUGAUGACAACCUGCAUAUGCUCCAUAGUUUACUGUUUGGGAAGAAAACAAAGGUUAACAAUCUAAAGAGGAAUAUAGGCCAGUUUUCUGGUUAUGUGUGGGCUGAAAAUGAGGAAAAACAGAGAACAAGGGUAAAGGAGAGGAUCGACAAAUGUGUGAAAGAAAAAUUGAUUGUCUUCUGCGAUGUUCUUAAUAUUCCAAUAAACAAGAGUAGUGUGAAGAAGGAGGAACUGUCUGCAAAGCUGUUGGAAUUUCUGGAGUCCCCACAUGCUACUACUGAUGUUCUGCUUGCUGAAAAAGAACAGAAAGGUAAGAAGCGAGUUAGAAAAGCAACCUCUAGCAAAACUCCUGGAGAAACACCUGCAAAGAAGAAAAAGCAGACUUCAGAAUCUGGAAAAAAGCGAAAGCCUUCUGAUGUUGAAGAGGACGACCAAGCUGAACUUUCUGAUGCAAAAGAUGAGUCCCAAGAAGAUGAAGAUGUUGCAGUGGCAAAUAAUGGAAGUGAUAAUGAGGUGGGUAAAUCAGAGGGAGAGGAAGAUACACCAAAGGCUCACAAGAGUACGUCCAAAAAAUCUGUGAAGGAGGGUUCAGUUGCCAAAGCUGAAGCUAAAUCCACAUCUGUUAAGAAGACCUCUGCAAAAGCUGCCAAAAGCAGUGAAAAAACUCCAAAAAAAUCAAUACCAAAAAAGUCCAUUACCGAGCAGGAUUCUGCUUCUCUUUCCAAGUCAGAUCAACCUGCAACCAAGAUACAGAAAACUGGAAAGGAAAAGCAAGAUACUAAGGGAAAGGCUGCAAGCAAAACUGCAAAGGCUCCGGUUAAGGAUCAAGGUAAAGGUAAAAGUAGCAAGAAGACCAAGGUAGAGCCGAGUAGGCAGGACAUGCAUGCAGUUGUAGUUGAGAUUCUUAAGGAAGUAGAUUUCAAUAAGGCAACUUUGUGUGAUAUCCUCCGCCAACUUGGUAAACAUUUUGGCCUUGAUUUAAUGCAUAGAAAAGCAGAGGUGAAGGAUAUCAUCACAGAUGUAAUUAAUAAUAUGUCUGAUGAGGAAGAUGAAGGUGAGGAAGAAGCUGAUAGUGAUGGCGAUGGGGAUGUCGAUGCCGGUAAAGAUGGCGAUGCCAGUGAUGAAGUCGAUGCCGGUAAAGAUGGCGGUGCCAGUGAUGAAGAUGAAGAGUAAUUUUAGAUUGAAUAAUAGUUACUGCAGAAAAUAGAAUCCUGUGGGUCAUCCCACAGCUAAAUUUCAUUUUCAUUCUCCUGUUAGCUGUCUAUACAGGUUAAAGCUUUGUUAGGUAUAUUUGGUUUGAGCUGUGACCUUUUCUAUGAUAGAUGCUCUAAAUUAGGAUCGUGCUCUGUACCAUAUUUAGAUGUAACCCGCUCCUCUUUAUUACAGAUUUGUCAUUUUAUUUUUCAUGUUGAAUAGUUUGUUUUGCACCUGCAUGUAAACAUUAUUAUUGCCUUCUAAUUUAGAGCAAUGUUAAAUUUAUUUA